AUGGAUACCGUGAAAUUGUUCAGCGUUCUGUUGAUUUGUGCCUCUAUGAUGUUAAUCUGUGAAGCACAGCUGACCUUUACGCCAGCCUGGGGUAAGCGUUCGCAAGGUGCAAUGGGAAUUAAUCCACUCGGUAGCUCCUUUGGACAAGACGCUUGCAAAACACCAGUUGAUUCGCUGCUCGUCAUCUAUCGAAUGAUUCAGGCCGAAGCUCAGAAGAUUGUUGAUUGCAGCCAAAAAUAG